AUACUUGAAGAUCGGGUGAAAUGUGCUGGGGAUGUGAAACGACGCUUCUACAAAUUGAUUUCUCCGGAAUUCUUGCAUGAAUUGAAAGAUUACUAUUAUUAUUCAAUGAUUCGAACUCAGGGAUUACGCUGCCUCGAAACACGGCAGACGUCAAUGACUAUUCCAAUCACCGAAAUCCCCUAUGUGAUGCGUGCGAUUGGUUAUUAUCCAUCCGAGGAAGAUGUGAGUUCCGUGUAG